GAUGCUGCUUCGGGGAGAAAAUGGCGACUGAAGCGCUGCGGGUUGACAACACAACCGAAUCAAUCGAUUCUUUGAGCAGAGAAGCGGAGUCUUUGAAGGUUAAACUAGAAGAGGAAAAAGCAAAACUUAACGAUGUUGACAUGUGUGUGGUAGCUCAGCGGCUGGAAGGUCUUCCCCAGUUGAACAUCAAGUCUCGGCGAGUCCUAAAGGGCCACCAGGGGAAGGUGCUGUGUAUGGACUGGUCAACUGAUAAACGACACAUUGUCUCCUCAUCACAGGAUGGCAAGAUGCUGGUAUGGGACGCCUUUACCACUAAUAAGGAACAUGCUGUUACCAUGCCGACGACCUGGGUGAUGGCCUGCUCAUACGGCCCAUCAGGAAGUGUGGUGGCUUGUGGAGGCUUGGAUAACAAGUGUACUGUUUACCCUUUAAGUCUGGAUGAAGACCCAGCCAGUAAGAAGAAGGCUGUGGCUACCCACACCAGCUACUUGUCCUGUUCUACCUUUACCAGCUCUGACCAACAGAUAUUGACAGGGAGUGGGGACAGCACUUGUGCAUUGUGGGAUGUGGAGAGUGGUCAGCUAAUCCAGAGUUUCCAUGGUCACCAUGGUGAUGUCAUGAGUAUUGACCUGUCUCCGUCAGAGACUGGCAGCUUGUUUGUUUCUGGGGGCUGUGACAAGAUGGCAAUGAUAUGGGACAUGAGAACCGGGGAGAGUGUGCAGGUGUUUGAGGGACACGAAUCAGAUAUCAACAGCGUCAGGUUUUAUCCCAGUGGGGACGCUUUCGCCACAGGCUCAGAUGACGCCACGUGUCGACUGUUUGAUCUGCGGGCAGACAGGGAGGUGAACUGUUACAAGAAGGAGAGCAUCAUCUUUGGCUGUAACUCAGUCGACUUCUCUGUCAGUGGUCGUAUCCUGUAUGGAGGUUACAACGACUACACAGUCAAUGUAUGGGAUGUUCUGAAGGGGAACCGAAUCAGUAUACUGUAUGGUCAUGAGAACAGGGUUAGUUGUCUGGGCGUUUCACCAGAUGGCACUGCGCUCUGCACAGGCAGCUGGGAUUACACGCUACGAGUCUGGGCUUGAUGUUUGUGUGAUCUUAGGUGGGAAGCCUCCAUAGUUUUAUCCUCUGGACACAGUGUAUGUAGACUUGAGGUGUGUUGCACAUCUGUAUACAGCUAAAGACCAUUGUUAUUUUAUGGUCUUUUUGUCAAUAUAUUAUUUCCCAGGUGCCAAUAGUCAUUUUUACAGGCAGUUUGUCAUAUUUUUUUUUUUUUUUUUUUUACAGUGUACAUCAUCAAUAUUGGUUCACUAUUAUUAUCAACACUGUGUGGCUAUAAUUUUUAGGGACCAUUUGCAUUUUACAGAAAUGUGUCUACAUUUACAUGGGUGUUUAUUUAUGUUUUGUAAAAGAUAUUUGUAUCGUGCAUAAACUUCAUAAAUGUAAUUUUUGGAAUGUUAUCUUUCAAGAAGGUGAGAAAGUUAUGAAAAGUAUGAGCUGUGAGAAGUGCUUUUCCUAAAUGGCAUGCAGUCAGUAGGUGAACCUUACAGCAAGCUAUGUCGAUUUGAAGAGCUCUGUGGAACAAGGGGAGAUAAUUUAUAUACACUGCUGUGUAUAUAAGGGAAUGUGCAAUUAUAUAUUUUAACUUGCUAGACUUCUUUCAAUGGAAUCUUUUCUUUCAUUUCCAAGACAGACUUAUUUCUAUGAAUUGGGAGAAUUUUAUCUUAUGUAUUAGACAUUAAUGUAUGAUCAUUUUUACUCAGAAAAAUGUUAUUUAUCUAUUCUACAAACAAUAUAUAAAUGCAUUUGUUUUUCUCUUCACAUGUAUUGCCUUAAUUCUGUUAAAUCUAGGACAAUUAUAUGAUAAAUAUUGUAUGUGUUAUUUACUUGUUACAGAACAACAGGUUAUGGAUAUCUUCUUGAUAUUUUGGAUUACUUACUGAAGUAACUUUUAACUACAGCGUUCGCACUCCAUUCUGUCAGAAAGGUUUACUUACAUCAUAGUUAAAAUUUAAGCAUUAAUAAUUUCAGGUGAGAGGCAGUAAAUAGCCUCCCAGUCCGUAGAAUCAACACUACAGAUAUACAACUGCAUGCCCAGUUUGCAUUGACAAAGUUGUGAAAUCAUGGGAGAUGUUAUUAUAUUAAUUUUUGUACUUGUUAAAAUGUAAAUAAUGUCAUAGUUGAAAUUUUCAUUACAGUUUUGAUAGAUGUGUAUCUGUUUUGUGCAUAUACAGGAAGUGUGUGGUUGCCUGAUUAAUCAUGCAUAUCUUACGGCAUGUAUCAUUUGGUAGCUUGGUGUGUAAAGCAUAUACAAGUUGUUCACUGAUUGGUUCUGUUGUUAGUGGACGUGAUAAAUGGAAGUGUAGACCAGGUCUUGAGUGAAGGUAACACAGGUCAGUUUUUCAAAGCGCAUGCAGCAUUUCAUGUAUGCAAAACUGCAUGCAUAUUGUUAAAAGGGCUUAGACAUUUAUGUAUUUAGCAAAUCAAAAAAGAAUGCAAGAAGCUCAGUAAAUAAGUGAUGUUAGAUAGUGGUAUGCUAGAUUGAUUCAGUGUGACUGUGACAUGGGAUAUGUUUGGUGUGGGGCUUGAUGCCAACAUAGCACCUGCCACACAAUGCCACCUACAAUGUGUUCACUUGUACAAAGAGUUCAGUAGUUUUCUAGAUGUCAUUUAGUGAUUAUUACAAUGGUCAUUUCGUGUGGGCUUUGGUUCAUGGUAAGGGGAGAUAAUCAAUGUCUUAGCUACUCUUUCACUCAGUUAACUCCCCUGAUAGCAAUUGUCAUAUUGGUAUUUUAAGUUAAUUAAUGCCACAGUGUACUAACUUUCGGAGACAAGAUGUAAAACAAAUAGCUGUUACUGUUUUGUUUGAUGAAUGCCAUGACUUUAUGAAAUUUGUGCUUAGUUUUUUGUUCUUGUUUUAAUCUCAACAAGACACUUUUGGAAAGUUACCCAUGUUGUAGUUCCACAUAGUUUCUCUCAUUGAAAAUAUCCUAGGGUUGCAUAUGUAUGGACCAUUUAUUUUGACAGAAAGGAUGAAUCCACCCUGUGCUUCUGGCA